AGAUUUAAAAUUAAAAUGUCCCUCUUUCCUUUGGAAUCAAAUCCAGAUGUUAUGAAUAAGUUCAUGCACGUCUUGGGUGUACCUGAAAAAUAUAAAGUAGUCGAUGUUUACGGUUUGGAUACUGAUGCUCUUGCAUGGAUUCCUCGGCCAGUAAUUGCUCUUAUAUUGCUUUUUCCUUGUAGUGAGAAGUAUUAUACACAUGCACAGAAAGAAAAAGAAGAAUUGCUUAAUAAAGGACAAGAAGUUAGUCCAAAUCUUUGGUAUAUGAAGCAGAAAGUAUCAAACGCUUGUGGUACCAUUGCUUUGAUCCAUAGUAUUGCAAACAAUGAGGAAAGAGUACAACUUGGUGAGGGUGCAUUUAAAAAACUAUUGUCUGAUUCAAAGAAUAUGUCACCUGAAGAAAGGGGGGAUAUAUUGGUAAAAGCUGAAGAUAUAGCUUAUAAGUUGAUUACUACUCAUCAAGAAUUGGCUAUGGAAGGGCAGACAGAGGUAAAUCCCGAUGAACAAGUGAAUCACCAUUUUGUAGCCUUGGUGGAAAAAGAUGGCGACCUAUACGAAUUAGAUGGAAGAAAAGAUUUUCCUGUUGUACAUGGUAAAACCACGCAUGAAACUUUCUUAGAGGAUGCGGCUAGGGUGUGCAAAGAAUUCAUGGAGAGAGAUUCUGAAGACAUAAACUUUACUGUAAUGGCACUAGUGGAAUCUGAAUAAAUCCAAAUCCAAGGCGGAAUAACAAAUAUGGAAACAAAUACAAAUUUGCUUACAAAGCUUACUUCAAUUUUUUAUGUUAUUUUCGCUUAAUCCUCUAUAUUCUUUUUUCGAUGUAGCUUUUCCACGUGCCUUGUUUAUAAUUGUUUUUUCUACUCUACAUUUAAAUUGUGAUAUGAGCAUUGAAGCCAAAUAAAUGAUUAUUACUUUUG